GAAAAGCCUCGCGAAGCGAACGAGCGCAUGUCGGAUUCGCGAUAAAGCGCACGAACGCGGCGUCCUGCGACAAGAAGCGUCCAGCGCAAGUCAAGCCUUCCUGUUUGCUUGCCAGGCUCACCGUCCGCUCACCGGACUUGCGAGAGAGCGGGAUUCCGCCUGAACGCAGCAAGGCGUCCGAGGCUGUCGCGCGGCCUUAAAACUGAGCGAGAUUGCCACUGGCGGCCAGCUCGUGCAAGCCGCAAAAGCAAAGCAACCGACGCAACCACUAGGGCCAUACCGGGUGCUGCCCAGCUGCCAGCAACGUCUGCUGUGGACCAGAGACAACGUUGCUGCACAUCCAACGCGUUGAUCUCAUUGUCCGAGCUUAUAUGGCGACUCCCGUCAAGGCAGAUAGCUCGCAGUGUCGAGCAUCGGACGAAGAAAAGGCGCAAGCUGGAGGCUUCAUCGAAUCCGGAUAUCAGCCACCCCAGCAUGGCAUGCGACAGGUGAUCGACCGGCCGUUCCAGCCGCAGCAGACAGGACCCCGGAGAGAUUCCGAUCACCUUCAGAAACUCGGCGCUCCGACAGCGCGAGAUGAUCACUCACAGCUCGGCCCUCCCCGCGUGCUUCGAGCGUCCAAAAAUUCGCAGCACCCCAUCGGAGUCGCUCGGCGAGGGUCCAAUGAAUCGAAUCAGCGCGGUGACCAAAAGAUGCCCGCUCAUGGACAGCACCCUCAGCCGCAACGCUCUCGGUCCAUGCCGACGUUGCCGGACUCAACUCGAGCCAGCUUCGUCGAUACGCACUCGCACAUGCGUUACGGCAGCGCGGGCAGCACUGGUACGCCGGGCUCAUCUGCGGGCAUGCACAGGUCAUCGCCCUGGCUUGCACCUGCAGGUUCCGUCCUAGAGAGAGGCCGUCCCACGCCUCUGGCACCCGCGGUCGCGGCCGCGGCGGCGGCCUUGCAGACCCCCUUGUCAGCGCGUCGUACGUCCCAAGGCAGCAGCUUCAUGAGCGGCAUGAUGCGACCGAAGCAACGCCCGCUAACGCCGUUCUGCUACGCCGCGAUCGCCGCCGUGUGCCUGGUGGUGUGUCUGGCCGUGCUUUUAGCCUUCCUGUCGUCGCUCCUAGACGACGUCGAAACGGGUCAGUUGGCGACGUGCACAACCCACGCGUGUCGCGAGUACGCUCAGCGGCUGCUCGCCUCGCUCAACUCGUCCGUCAAGCCGUGCCACAGCUUCACGCGCUUCGUGUGCGACGGCUGGCGGAGGCGCCAAUUGCUCGGCGUCCAGGAGGAGGCCUUCGGUGCCGCCAACAAAAGGAUCGAGCGCAUUGUGCGCACCAUAGACGUGCCCUCCUCGGGACAGAAGCCACUCGAACGGGCGGCCAUGCUGUACAGGAGUUGCAUCGCCGUGCUGACGACACCGACGGGCGAGUUCGCCGAGGUGAAGGCCGCACUGCGCGCGGCCGGUGUAACGUGGCCUCACCGACCUCCUCCGAUUGAACGACGAGACCUGCUGCGCAUGAUGUUCCACUGCGACUAUGCGCUGGGAUGGAGCGCCGUGUUCCGUGUCGACCCUGAGGUGCGCCAGAACUCGACUAAGGCGUACGUGCUCACCGACUCGGGCUUCAACUUCAUCGUGCGCAAGUACCACGAGCGGAACUCGGAGGCGAACCGCCAGCACUACUUCACCCGUCUCCGGAACGCGUUUCGGGACACGGAUACAGAAGCAGCCUCAGAUGUCAUCACUUUCGAGGAGACGCAGCGGCUGGAGGAAAAUAUGUUCGGUCCGCUGAUAGCAGCCUUCCACAAGAACGCGCCGAAUGUUUUGGUGGUGCCUGCAGACGUGGUGUACAACGCAUCGGCCAACCUGUCGCUGGACCGGUGGACGGAGGUGUUAGAGAGUGAAGGCGUCGAGCUGGUGGGGCUACUGGAGUUCCGCACAUGGAACCUGCCCUUCUUCAGCACCUUCGUCGACCUGCUGGCGCACCACGGAGAGCUGGACAUGUACGCCCUCGUAUCCUGGUGCACAGUGCAGGUUGCGGCACUGUUCGCCAACGGCGAGCUCGUGGUGAACUUCUACGGACACCCCCAGCGAGCGCUGGUCUUGCACGGCGCGUUCUGCCUGAGCCGUGCCUAUAUCGCUGCCGGCAGGACGCUGAUGUAUAAAUACGCCCGCGAAGUACUCCCAGUGGUAGCGCGCCGCCACGCAGAGUCCAUCGUGUUGGCCGUUCGCACCGCUUUCCGGAAACGGCUGUUCACCUGGCCCGACUACAACGCCAGCGUGAGCGUGAUAUGGUCGUGGGAGAACGUGUCGCUGACUUUCAGCAUCUUUGCUCCGGCAACCAAGGCUAACUUCACCGACAUAGUCGUGGGUGAGAUGGGCGACUCGUUCCUGCAGAACUGGCACAACGCGUGGAUGUCGCGCACUUUCUCCCGCGGCAUUGACAUCAAGAUUGCUAUCUCGGCAAUCGAGACCCUGUCCUUCUCUGCGGACAUCGAGUAUCGCAAGGAGUUCAUCUUGCUGCCAUACGUCUUCUUUUUCCCGUACUACGACAUUAACUCAGUGCCGUCCCUCAACUACGGCGGGUUUGGCGCUCAGGUGGCCUCUGCCGUGGGACAGAGGUUCCACAACACGUAUCUGGGCGCGGGCGCCGGCGGAAACUCGUUCAGGACAUUCCUGUCGUGCAUCUCGAACCGCUCGCUCGCCGCCGAGCACACGGACACGGCCUCGUUAUUAGCCGAGGUUGUUUCCCUUGGUGCCCUGAUAGACGCAUACCGCAACGUGAGCGAUAACCGGCGCCUCGUACUCCUGGAGCACAUGACGGGCGAGCAACUGCUCUUCAUCGCCAUCUGCUACGCCAAGUGCAUCGGCAGCUACUACAUCGUCAACGAUUCGUUGUGCAAUGCGGUGCUGCAGAACGUGCCGGAGUUCUCCGAGGCAUUCGGUUGCGCGCCGGGCACCCCCAUGAACCCGCACCAACAAUGCAAACUCUUGUGAUUGCGGCGUUUUGCCUGCGUUCGCGUGUCGUAUUAUGAAGUUUGUUAAAAACAUCCCGAAAUAAGUUUUGCAAGUGUUGAAAUCGUGACAAUGCUUUCGAUUAUGAUGGGCUAAAAAUUCUCCUCAGGGCCGCAGUGUGUAUUGCUUGUGGUUUGCGAGAUACGUUGCGUGCAUUGGAGUGUCGUCACAUACGUGUCUCUUUCACAGGGUAUGCUGGGAGUGUGCGAACAAGUUACCUUGUCCUUAUUCAGAACAUAGCCAGUGCGUGCAUGAUUGCUACUACGAUAAUGGUAACACGACUAUGAUGCUACAUGUCGUGCCCUACGAAUACGCUUAAAUGUGGAUUUUCAUUUUCCUGUAUCGUGAAUUGCCUUGCGUCCUAACAUGAGUUGCACAAGCUGAACAUGCUUAAAAAUUUUAAUUCAACGCAACGUGAGGACAAAAACUGCAAAUAAACGAAAUACUUCGCUGUAAAACCAACGCGAUGAGCGAUGCCAAGUGAUUCGACGCCGCUUCCGUGAAAUGCUUACUUGACGUUUUUACCUUUCUCGAUUGCGGGUGUCCUCCUCCACUUCGGCCAUCAGUCUUCUCAUAAGAAAGCACUGUCGUGCUCGCCCUGAAACACGCACAUCACGCCUUGCUUCAGCGCUGCCAUCGACCAGACGGAGUGUCGCUACGUUACUAAAAUUUCCAGCAAGUUCGAGCUCCACCGCUAUUUCCUGGAGCUCUCAAGACCACCACUCGGGACGUAUUGAUGUGGUUCUUAGGACUCGAAUUUUGUCGGUUUUAAUC